GGUUAUUUGCAAAUAGGGCAUCUAAAAAUAUACAAAAUAUUUGGAUGGAAGGCUAUGAUGAUUGGAAACAUAUUGUGGAAGCCAUAGAAAGACAUGAGACAUCGAAAGAACAUUUGCAUUCUUGUUUUGUACAUCGACAGUGGCAGUUACAUGGAACACUAGAUGAAGAGCAAGAGUCCAUUAUCAAGAGAGAAAAAAAUUUUUGGCGCCAGGUACUCACUAGACUCUUUGAUGUUACUCUGACACUUUCAACCUGUAAUUUAGCUUUUCGUGGCCAUAAAGAAACGGUAUAUGGCAACGAUUCUGGUCCAAAAGGAAAUUUUUUGAGUAUUGUUGAGUUAUUAGCCAAAUACGAUCCUAUUUUACAAGAGUUGCUAAGCAAAUCUAAGGGCCAGAUUAAAUACUUAAGUCCAAAGAUACAAAAUGAGCUCAUUGCUGUUCUGGUUCAAAAAGUGGAAAAUGCUCUGGUAAAUGAAAUAGUCACCGCACCGUUUUAUUCCAUUUUGUUUGAUACUACUCAAGAUAUUUCCAAAACAGAUCAAUUGUGUGAACUUUACCGUUACUGUGUAAUCGAGAAAGAUGAAACUGGAACUCCAAAGGCGCUCGUAAUUAAAGAGUCAUUUUUAGGAUUUCAUGAGGUUAAGGAUCAAACUGCCUUAUCAAUGUCCAAGCAGAUAAUAAAAUCCAUAAAUGACAAAAGUAUUUCUCUGAAUAAGUGCCGUGGACAAGGGUACGAUGGAGCUAAUACCAUGAAAGGUACUUAUGGCGGAGUUCAAAAACUCAUAAGAGAUAUAGAGCCAAAUGCAGUGUAUGUCCAUUGUGCUGCUCAUAAUUUAAAAUUGGUAGUAAAUGAUGCAGUAAAAGAGGUCAUAGAAAUACAAACAUUAUUCGAAACUGUGCAACAAAUUUAUAAUUUUUUUGGCCAUAGUGUUAGACGAUGGAAUAUAUUAUCUAGUUUUAUAUCUGACAACAAAAAAGGAGAAACCGUUGUAUCAUCAAAUUCAGUAACAUUAAAAACAAUGAAUCCAACUAGAUGGGCAGGACGCUUUGAUGCCAUGUUUGCUUUAAAGGUUCGAUUUGUUGAUGUUCAAAAAGCGCUAACAGAAACCAUUUUAUUAAAUUCCAAAUCAGAUGAGAGAAAUGAAGCUAUCUUGCUAAAGAAGAAGGUAGAGAACUACAAUUUUAUUAUGUUGCUGGUUUUCCAUUGCAAAGUCUUACAAACCAUAGACGCGGCUUCUAAAGCACUUCAAUCUAAAGUCAUCGAUCUUUCAAAUGCUUCAAAGCGUUUGCAAGUCUGUCUAGAAGAACUUGAAAAGUAUCGACAUGAAUUUGAAGAUUUAAAAACGGAAGCAAAUAGUAUUGCAGUUAAAUGGUCUAUAAACCCUGAAUUUCCUUAA